AUAAAAAAAAAGACCUCGCCCUAUCCCCGUGUUUUCUUGCUUGUUUGUUUGUAAACAUCCGUUUCGCCCUUUUUCACUUAAUGGGCCGGAUGCACGUCGUGAAUAUUUUCCUCUCGCUCACCUUCGCUCGUUGAGCUCUGCUUGCUGUUUCUUGGGUUUGCAUGUAUUGCUGCCCCAUUGGUAUUGUUUAAUUUUUUUUGUUAUUUUUUUUGGCAGGUCCCCGACAGAGACGCGGGCAUCACCACAAUAAACCACAACAAUGUUGUUCAAGACUUGGUUGUCGUUCCUACUCUUGGCAUCGUCCGAGCCGGUGUCGGCCUUGUGGCCUGCGCCCAGGAGUUAUAGCAAGGGCAAAACGGCGCUGUUUAUCAAUCAACAGAUCCAAGUUACAUACAAUGGACAGCCUAUGCCAUACAUGUUCGGGUACGAGCCCACAAGCAUAGACAGCAAAGAAAUUGUGAAGGGGGGUGUAUCUCGGUCUUUGGGCUCCAUAUUCCGGAGAAACCUUAUACCAUGGAAGCUCGUACCCAAGAACAAGAUUGACGAGUUCGAACCGCCACUGGGCGGCAAGUCGACAUCUGUCACAUCCCUAGUCAUUACUCAAACGAGCCAGGACCAGCCAAAGACCUUCAAGGCGCUUGCGGGUGAGGUCGACGAGUCCUACUCUUUGACUAUCGACAAGGAAGGACGUGCGAAGCUCUCGGCCAAGUCGUCCAUUGGUAUCUUGCGGGGUCUCGAGACUUUCUCACAGCUGUUCUACCAGCACUCGACAGGCACGUGUUGGUACACGCCAUAUGCGCCCGUCUCGAUCGAUGAUGCGCCCUUGUAUCCUCACCGCGGCAUCUUGUUCGAUACGGCCCGUCAGUGGUAUCCAGUCGUGAACCUGCUGCGCACCAUCGACGCCAUGGCCUGGAACAAGAUGAACCGGCUGCAUGUGCACGUAACCGACUCUCAAUCCUGGCCUCUUGACCUCCCGUCUAUGCCCGAGGUGGCACGUGAGGGUGCCCACAGGCGCGACCUGAUCUACACGGCCGACGAUAUUCGUCGCGUACAGGAGUACGGGGUGCACCGGGGAGUCCAGGUCUAUUUCGAGAUCGACAUGCCAGGCCACAUCGGGUCGCUGUACCACUCGCACCCGGAGCUCAUCGUCGCAUACAACGAGCAGCCGUACUACCACUACUGUGCUCAGCCCCCCUGCGGCGCCUUCAAGCUCAACGACAGCCGUGUCGACGCCUUCCUUGAGAAGCUGUUUGACGACGUCCUCCCGCGCGUGCACCCAUAUGCGGCUUAUUUUCACACCGGUGGCGACGAGCUCAACGCCAACGACUCGAUGCUAGACGAGAACAUCCGCUCCAACAAGAGCGAGGUGCUGCAGCCGCUCCUCCAAAAGUUCAUCGACAAGCAGCACGAGCGGGUGCGCAGCCACGACCUCACGCCCAUGGUCUGGGAGGAGAUCCCUCUCGACUGGAACGUGACUCUAGGGAAAGACGUCCCCGUGCAGUCCUGGCUCGGCAACGCUCAGAAGCUCGCCGCGGCUGGCCACCAGGUCAUUGACAGCAACUACAACUUUUGGUACCUGGACUGUGGCCGCGGCCAAUGGAUCAACAUGGAGAACGGCGCCGCCUACAGACAGUUCUACCCCUUCAACGACUGGUGCGGACCGACAAAGUCAUGGCAGCUUGUCUACUCUUACGAUCCCAGGGCGGGCCUGAGCGAGGAAGCCGCCAAGCUCGUGCUGGGCGGCGAGGUUGCCAUCUGGAGCGAGACGAUAGACGAGCAGACGAUCGACUCCAUCAUCUGGCCGCGAGCCAACGCGGCGGGCGAGGUGCUGUGGUCCGGCAGGAUCGACCCGGCGACGGGACAGAACAGGAGUCAGCUCGAGGCCAUCCCCCGCCUGAGCGAGAUGAGGGAGCGUCUGGUGGCUCGAGGCGUCCGCCCCGCGGCGCUCACACAGCUUUGGUGCACGCAAGCCAAUCCGCUCGAGUGCUCAUACCCUCUGUAGGUGUUGGGGGCAGUAUAGUAGGUGGUUAAUAUGGUGAUGGGGGAGAGUAAAAGAAGCGAGCAGAAGAAGUGAAAAAAGAAAUCCGAGACAAAAAAAAAAGGAGAGGAAGACUCUACCCUCAGACUUGCAAACAGCUUGUAGCGGAUAUGAUUUGUUGUUAUCUGAAUAUUCUCCGUUUUCCUAGAUAUGACUGACCAUGAGUUAUGUCGAUACUUGUUUUUCAUUCAGAGCAUUAGUAAUAAUUGGACAUGAGAACCAGAGCCAUAGCCAUGUUUCCUCGUUUGGUCUUUUCUGUACACAUAUGAAUAGCUGCAAGCGUUGGAUGAGCGUCUGCGGUUUAUCGUCUGAGACUACCAUGUCAAUCCGUGGGAACAUUUCUUGAGGUAUUCCGGAAGUGUCGGGUAGUAUAUUGGAAUAAGUCAUCCGCCGUAUAAUCCGGACUCAACUCACGGAAGUAACAGCCAAUAUAACUUCUCUUGAAUUAGGCGUGUACUUCGUGGCUGAUAUCUGCUAUGCAAAAUUAG